AUGUUGCCGCCAUCGACCCCUCGUUCCCCACUCCCUUCUUACCUAUUUACCCACCCCAUCUACCUCCGUCUCCAACCUCUACCCCAUCUACCUCCGUCUCCAACCUCCACCCCAUCUACCUCCGUCUCCAACCUCCACCCCAUCUACCUCCGUCUCCAACCCCACCCCAUCUACCUCCGUCACCAACCUCUACCCCAUCUACCUCCGUCUCCAACCUCCACCCCAUCUACCUCCGUCUCCAACCUCCACCCCAUCUACUCCGUCUCCAACCUCACCCCAUCUACCUCCGUCUCCAACCUCUACCCCAUCUACCUCAGUCUCCAACCUCCACCCCAUCUACCUCCGUCCCCUCCCCAUCUACCUCCGUCUCCAACCCCUCCCAUCUACCUCCGUUCCAACCUCUACCCCAUCUACCUCCGUCUCCAACCUCUACCCCAUCUACCUCCGUCUCCAACUCCCACCCAUCUACCUCGUCUCCAACCUCAUCCCAUCUACCUCGUCUCCAACUCUACCCCAUCUACCUCCGUCUCCAACCUCCACCCCAUCUACCUCCGUCUCCAACCUCCACCCCAUCUACCUCCGUCUCCAACCUCCCCAUCCCACUCCGUCUCCAACUCCACCCCAUCUACCUCCGUCUCCAACCUCUACCCCAUCUACCUCCGUUCCAACCUCUACCCCAUCUACCCGUCACCAACCUCACUCCCAUCUACCUCCGUCUCCAACCUCCACCCCAUCUACCUCCGUCUCCAACCUCCACCCCAUCUACCUCCGUUUCCAACCUCACCCCAUCUACCUCCGUCUCCAACCUCACCCCAUCUACCUCCGUCUCCAACCUCCACCCCAUCUACCUCCGUCUCCAACCUCUCCCCAUCUACCUCCGUCUCCAACCUCUACCCCAUCUACCUCCGUCUUCAACCCCUACCCAUCUACCUCCGUCUCCAACCUCUACCCCCAUCUACCUCCGUCCCAACUCCACCCCAUCUACCUCCGUCUCCAACCCUCCCCCAUCUACCUCCGUCUCCAACCUCACCCCAUCUACCUCCGUCUCCAACCUCCCCAUCUACCUCCGUCUCCAACCCACCCCAUCUACCCGUCUCCAACCUCUAUCCCAUCUACCUCCGUCUCCAACCUCCACCCCAUCUACCUCCGUUCCAACCUCUACUCCCUCCACCUCCGUCUCCAACCCACCCCAUCUACCUCCGUCUCCAACCUCUACCCCAUCUACCUCCGUCUCCAAACCCACCCCACUCCACUCCGUCUCCAACUCCACCCCAUCUACCUCCGUCUCCAACUUCCACCCCAUCUACUCCGUCUCCAACCCCACCCCAUCUACCUCCGUCUCCAACCUCUCCCCAUCUACCUCCGUCUCCAACCUCUACCCCAUCUACCUCCGUCUCCAACCUCACCCCAUCUACCUCGUCUCCAACCUCUUCCACAUCUACCACCGUCUCCAACCCCCACCCCAUCUACCUCCGUCUCCAACCUCCACCCCAUCUACCUCCGUCUCCAACCCUACCCAUCUACCUCCGUCUCCAACCCCACCCCAUCUACCUCCGUCUCCAACCUCUUCCCCAUCUACCUCCGUCUCCAACCCCUCCCCAUCUACCUCCGUCUCCAACCUCUACCCCAUCUACCUCCGUCUCCAACCCCUACCCCAUCUACCCGUUCCAACCUCUCCCCAUCUACCUCCGUCUCCAACCUCACCCCAUCUACCACCGUCUUCAACCCCACCCAUCUCUCCGCCCACCCCACCCCAUCUACCUCCGUCUCCAACCUCCACCAUCUACCUCCGUUUCCAACCUCAUCCCAUCUACCCCGUCUCCAACCUCCACCCCAUCUACCUCCGUCUCCAAACCUCCUACCCCAUCUACCUCCGUCCCAACCUCCACCCCAUCUACCUCCGUCUCCAACCUCUACCCCAUCUACCUCCGUUCCAACCUCUACCCCAUCUACCUCCGUCUCCAACCCCACCCCAUCUACCUCCGUCUCCAACCUCUACCCCAUCUACCUCCGCUCCAACCCCCUCCCAUCUACCUCCGUCUCCAACCUCCACCCCAUCUACCUCCGUUCCAACCUCUCCCAUCUACCUCCGUCUCCAACCUCCACCCCAUCUACCUCCGUCUCCAACCCCACCCCAUCUACCUCCGUCUCCAACCUCCACCCCAUCUACCUCCGUCUCCAACCUCCACCCCAUCCACCUCCGUCUCCAACCCCACCCCAUCUACCUCCGUCUCCAGCCUCCACCCCAUCUACCACCGUCUCCAACUUCCACCCCAUCUACCUCCGUCUCCAACCCCUUCCCAUCUACUCCGUCUCCAACCUCUACCCCAUCUACCUCCGUCUCCAACCUCUACCCCAUCUACCUCCGUCUCCAACCCUACCCCAUCUACCUCCGUCUCCAACCUCUUCCCCAUCUACCUCCGUCUCCAACCCCACCCAUCUACCUCCGUCUCCAACCUCUACCCCAUCUACCUGUCUCCAACCUCUUCCCCAUCUACUCCGUUCCAACCCCACCCCAUCUACCUCCGUCUCCAACCCCACCCCAUCUACUCCGUCUCCAACUCUACCCCAUCUACCUCCGUCACCAACCUCUACCCCAUCUACCUCCGUCUCCAACCCCAUCCCAUCUACCUCCGUCUCCAACCUCACCCCGUCUACCUCCGUCUCCAACCUCCACCCCACUCUACCUCCGUCUCCAACCUCUACCCCAUCUACCUCCGUCUCCAACCUCCACCCCAUCUACCUCCGUCUCCAACCUCCACCCCAUCUACCUCCGUCUCCAACCUCCACCCCAUCUACCUCCGUCUCCAACCUCUACCCCAUCUAUCUCGUCUUCAAACCUCUACCCCAUCUACCUCCGUCUCCACCUCCACCCCAUCUACCUCCGUCUCCAACCUCUACCCCAUCUACCUCCGUCUCCAACCCUCUACCCCAUCUACCUCCGUCUCCAACCUCUACCCCAUCUACCUCCGUCUCCAACCUCUACCCCAUCUAUCCGUCUUCAACCCCCCACCCAUCUACCUCCGUCUCAACCUCCACCCAUCUACCUCCGUCUCCAACCUCUACCCCAUCUACCUCCGUCUCCAACCUCCACCCCAUCUACCUCCGUCUCCAACCUCCACCCAUCUACCUCCGUCUCCAACCUCCAACCCAUCUACCUCCGUCUCCAACCUCUACCCCAUCUACCUCCGCCUCUAA